GUAGCCAGCUGCCCAUCCCAGGCGAGCUGCAUCAAACCGCCUAGCCCAGCUUUCCGGUGUCCGGCUAGGAAAAGGCUCAGAUGUGGGACUUAAUAGUUUGUGGUUGGAGGAGACCGGAUGGCAAAGAUUAUUAUGCAGUUGCAGCUGAGAAACGUUAGGAGCCUUCUAUAGUGUUACAAUGGAGCCAUCGGGAAGUACUACGAUGAGCAACCACACACUGAACUCAACAGGUGGUGGUUGCUCAUGGGAGGUCAGCGACAAGGCCAGACUGUGCCGCUUCCUCUGCUAUGGCUCGGAGGGAGACCUAUACACUUCCAGAGAGGAGGGUCAUGUCAGCAUGGAGAGCGCCGGAGCGCUGCUCUCCCUGCUGCAAGAGGGUCGAGGUGCUGAGGUGGUGGAGGAGGUAAAAAGGUUUACUCAGGAUGGGCAAGCUGUCAGACUCGGCCCCUCCUUUUUUGCCCUGGCUUUGUGUUCCCAGCACUCGGAGCUGAAGACCAGACAGGCAGCGUUCAAAGCCCUGAAGGAAGUUUGUCGGGACCCUGCCCACCUGUUUUCUUUCAUCCAGAACAAGAAGGAAUUGAAAGAGGGUAUGAAGUGUGGGAUUUGGGGGCGUGCCCUGAGAAAAGCAGUGUCUGACUGGUACAAUGAGCAAGAUGCUAUGAGUCUGGCUGCCGCUGUGACCAAAUGUAAACAGAGAGAGGGAUGGUCACAUCAGGAUCUGCUCAGGCUCUCCCACACCAAACCAGCUAAUGAAGCAAUUGCCUUGAUCAGCAAAUAUGUAACAAAAGGAUGGAAAGAAGUCCAGAUUGCUUACUCAGACAAAGAGAACUCAGAAGAGGUUGUCAAAGUGCUUUCGUAUCUUGAAGUGGUGGAGAAGGUCAAGCACAGUUGUGAUGAAACAGAGGUCAUCAAUUUAAUAGAGGAACACAAACUGGAGAGGGAACAGCUGCUGACAGACCACCUGAAGUCCAAACAGGUAUGGAGAGCUUUGUUGAAGGAAAUGCCUCUCCAAUCAUUGCUAAGGAUCUUGGGUAAGAUGACGUCAAACAAAAUUCUUGAACCAGGAAGUUCAGAAACGCAAGCUGUUUGUGACAGAAUCCAGAGCGAGACGGCACUAAAGACGGCAAAGAUCCACCCUUUCAGCAUACUCUUGGCUUCUGAAAACUAUAAAAGAGGCCAAGGCUAUCAGGGUAAAACAAAAUGGGAACCAGACAGCAGCAUCCUCAAAGCAAUGGACUCUGCCUUUUACAAGAGUUUUAUGAAUGUGGAGCCUGUGGGUAAACGCUUCGUAGUGGCAGUAGAUGUGAGCACAUCACUGAGCAGCAUUGUCCCAGGGACGUCAAUUAGCACUGCUGUUGCUGCUGCAGCUAUUACCAUGAUUUUCGCAAGGUCAGAGGCAGACACACAUGUCCUGGCCUACUCUGAAGGAGCUUUGGUUCCAUGCUCGGUCUCUGCUGACAUGACUCUCGCACAAGCAACAGUUGAACUGGUUAAGAUCCCGGGUGGGAGCACAGACUGCACCCUUCCCAUCAAAUGGGCCACAGAGAAUGGGAAAGCUGUAGAUGUGUUCAUCAUUCUGACCAACAACCCGUUGUGGACGUUUACUGCCAGCCCAGUGGAGUCUCUAAAGAACCAUAGACAAAAAUCAGGAGCCAGUUCCAAGUUGGUGAUGUGUGGGCUGACUUCCAUUGGACACGCCAUCGCAGACACAGAAGACAGGGGUUUACUGAGCAUCUGUGGCUUUGACCUGGGAGCUUUGAGCGUCAUUCGUAACCUAGCCCAGGAUCUGAUCUGAUAAAGUAUUGGGGCUGUCUCUGAAUCAUGUCAUUAGAGUUCAAAAACAAGGCACAAAGUGGACCAACGUGGCUCACUUAGCAUGUAGAGUGUCCUAAAACAGCAGUAAUCCAAAAGAUGCUGACAUUUACAAUUCCAAUCUCUCUUUUUAUAUUAUGUUGCUUACAAGUAAAUUGACAAAGUGUCCAGCGGGCUGGACAAGUGAUAAGACAUGAUGUCAUUGCAUAUCAUGCUGUCAAGAGUUUAAGUGCGAACAGCACAUGGCGGGCUGUUUAGUGCUUUGAUGGUUCUUGGUGAGACACUAACCCAUACAACGAUAAAUUCCACUAAUUCAUAGCAAGAUGUUGGCAGAUUAAAUAGGAGGAACAGUGUAAGAGUCAGAAUGUUAGAGGUGUAGUGCAACUGUAGGUUUAUUUUAAGGGGAUUUACUGUAGUUUCUAGUAUGUAUCUAUGGUAUGAGUUUAGCAGGUUUGAUGUGACAGUAGAGGCAUUUUAAAUUUGAAAGCCUGUCCCUCUGUUUUAUGUUGCAUUAUUGUAAAUUAUUAACAGAUAUACUGUAAAUGAGAGGGAUUGAAACAAAGCACCAAAAGUCACUGCAAUGUAUUCUGAUGACUUUUCAAGUUCUUUGAUAUUUGGUUGGAAGAAAUAUUUUUUAAAUAAUAUUAAUAUCUAGAAUUCCAUUUACACAACUCUUUCCUUUAGCCUAGCUACAAUCUUUAGUUGUUGUAUUAACAUUUGUUUUCCCGUAAGCCAAUUUUAUUUUAAAACUGAGGUGUCUGUUCUGCUCAUGUCGAAUUUAUUCUAUAAAAGAAUACCCUUGGUGCUCUUUAAUGUGGUGAUACAUUUUGGGGGGAAUAUUUGGGAUUUUUCUUUGUGAAACAAUAAUGCCAAUGUUUGGCGCUGUAAGUCAGUUUACUGUAAGUUGGAAAGAUGGACUUGUUCUCAUAUUUUAGUCUGAAUUCUAUGCAUUACAAUUUGGAUUUUACUGUAUUAUUAUGUUCAGGAAGGACAAAUCAUAGUUAUUUAAUAACUGUUUACCAAGACUGAAUCUGCUAGCACAGAAAUGUUUCUGUAUUUUUGAUGUAAGAAUGUUCGUUAUGCAAAAACUAACAUAAUUGCUACCUUCCUGGAAUAAAAUUAAUUGAAUGUACUUUUGUAAAACAUGUAACAGUAGAGAUUUAAAGUACAGUGCUUUUAUAUUUCUUCAAACAGAAUAAAUACACACUGCUUACAGUGUUUUAGCGUUAGGGGCCAAUGCAUUUUGGGGAAAUGCAAGAAAAUGACUACAGUGGUGCUUACUGUUUUAGUCAAGAGCAAUUGCUGUAAUUACUGACAGCAUUCACUAAACUUCUUAGUCAUCAUUCAUCCUGGUGUAAUUCACUUUUUAUGAAGAAAAAUAAAUUCCUGACCAUGUUACUGUGAAGGAUUUUUGUCCAAAAUGCUGUCAUUUUCAAUUCUAGGCAAUGUCCGCUGUCUUUUUGGCUGAAGGUCAAAAUACUAUAAAGCUAAUAUAUUUGUGUAAUAUGAUCAUUGAUACAAUGUUUGUAGUUGAACGUCUGACACGAAAGAUAGUUAUUAUGAGGUAUGGUAGUUCACAAGUGUUUUACCACCAUGAUUAACUUCUAUUCCAUCAUAUUGUCUGUUGUAUCCAUUUUGCUUAACAUACAAGUACUUGACUGUAGUGGCGAUGUAAACCCCUAAUAAACACUUUGCUGCUCUUCAAA